UAAGCUCCUUUCUGGUGGCUGUUCUGGGAGGGGUAUCACACAGGGAACCUGGACCUGUCACACUAGCCCUCUUUGCUGGUGUCGUCCUGGAAUGUCCCCCCUCCAGCUGUGGUCUCUUGAUUUCCUGAGCAGUUACGCGGAGGUCCGGGUGGAAAGAAGGCAAGAGCUGGCCCUGGAGGACCCGCUUCUGGAGACCGUCCACCCUUCGGCACUGAAGCACAAGGGCUCCAGCCUGGAAUCUCAGCAGCACUUCAGUGCACUCGACGUGGGCACCUCGGGCCUUAACCCCAGCCACUCACCGUCGGCGUCCUCAAGAAGUUCCCACAAGUCCUCGCGUACGGCUGUGUCCGAACCCACCUCUACUCCAGGCAAGCUGAGGGCAGAGGCCGGCACCACGGCUUUGCCAAGAUCGGCUCAAGAGCUCCCCGCGCUAGGGCUCGGCCAGGCAGCCACGAUGCCGGCUCCCCUGCCCGCCCCGGCGUCCUGUGACAUCACACAGCAGCUCCUGCCUCAGACCAUCCUGCAAAGCCCACCUGCCCCCGUGACACAGUUUUCAGCACAGCUCAGCAUGUUCCAGACCAUCAAAGACCAGCUGGAGCAGAGGACGAGGGUCCUGCAAGCCAACAUCCGGUGGCAGCAGGAAGAGCUCCACAAGAUCCAGGAGCAGCUCUGCCUGGUCCGGGACUCCAACGCCCAGAUGUUUCUGCAGCAGCCAGAUGUAUCCCUGAGCUUCAGCAGUGCCCAGCGGCCCGAGGCUCAGCAGCAACUCCAGCAGAGGUCGGGCCCAGGCCCCCAGCCCCAGCUCGUGGCCAGCCCUCAGCUUCUGGGGCAGAUGGCCUCUGCCCAGGUCACAAGCCAGCACCUGCUCAGAGACUCGAGUGUGAUAUCAACCCAGGGUCCAAAGCCACUGAGAAGCCCGCAGAUGAUGCAGGGGAACAGCGUGACGGCCCAGUUCAGCAGCACCUCUGCCGUGCUCCCACCGGCUCUGAGCCUGACCACGCCUGCUUCCGCCUCCCAGGAGGCCAGCCAGGGCCAGCCCAGCCCGGACUUCAGCCACGAUCGGCAGCUCAGGCUGCUGCUGAGUCAGCCCAUCCAGCCCAUGAUGCCCGGGCCCUGCGACGCGAGGCGGCCCUCAGAGCUCGGCAGGCCUGGACGGCCAGUCAGGUAUCCACAGAGCCAGGCCGUGUGUCCAAACCCAGACGUGCACACCACCACCAGCAGCACCUCGACCCCUGUCCUGCUGAUGGGGCUUCACCCCCACUUCCCCACCUCCCAGCCGUCGCCGCUGAAGCCCGCGCAGACCCAGCAGCAACCUCCGUGCUUCCUGCAGGUGGGGCCGGGCUGCACCCGGGGCGGGGGAGACAGGGCCGAGCCCCAGGCCCAGGCCUGA